AUGCACGGGGGCGGCCCCCCCUCCGGGGACAGCGCAUGCCCGCUGCGCACCAUCAAGCGAGUGCAGUUCGGAGUCCUCAGUCCGGAUGAACUGAAACGAAUGUCUGUGACAGAGGGCGGUAUCAAAUACCCCGAGACGACAGAGGGCGGCCGCCCCAAGCUUGGGGGGCUGAUGGACCCGAGGCAGGGGGUGAUCGAGCGGACUGGCCGCUGCCAGACCUGUGCAGGAAACAUGACAGAGUGUCCCGGCCACUUUGGCCACAUUGAGCUGGCCAAACCUGUGUUUCACGUGGGCUUCCUGGUGAAGACGAUGAAAGUGUUGCGCUGCGUCUGCUUCUUCUGCUCCAAGCUGCUCGUGGACUCUAACAACCCAAAGAUCAAGGACAUCCUGGCCAAGUCCAAGGGGCAGCCCAAGAAGCGGCUGACACACGUGUACGACCUGUGCAAGGGCAAGAACAUCUGCGAGGGCGGAGAGGAGAUGGACAACAAGUUCGGCGUGGAGCAGCCGGAGGGCGACGAGGACUUGACCAAAGAGAAGGGCCACGGUGGCUGCGGGCGGUACCAGCCCCGGAUCCGGCGCUCGGGCCUGGAGCUGUACGCCGAGUGGAAGCACGUCAACGAGGACUCCCAGGAGAAAAAGAUCCUGCUGAGUCCCGAGCGAGUGCACGAGAUCUUCAAGCGCAUCUCGGACGAGGAGUGUUUCGUGCUGGGCAUGGAGCCCCGCUACGCGCGGCCCGAGUGGAUGAUCGUCACCGUGCUGCCCGUGCCCCCGCUCUCUGUGCGGCCUGCCGUGGUGAUGCAGGGCUCUGCCCGCAACCAGGACGACCUCACUCACAAGCUGGCGGACAUCGUGAAGAUCAACAACCAGCUGCGGCGCAACGAGCAGAACGGCGCGGCGGCCCACGUCAUCGCGGAGGAUGUGAAGCUUCUCCAGUUCCACGUGGCCACCAUGGUGGACAACGAGCUGCCCGGCUUGCCCCGCGCCAUGCAGAAGUCUGGGCGCCCCCUCAAGUCCCUAAAGCAGCGCUUGAAGGGCAAGGAAGGCCGGGUCCGGGGGAACCUGAUGGGCAAGCGAGUGGACUUCUCGGCCCGCACCGUCAUCACCCCCGACCCCAACCUCUCCAUCGACCAGGUUGGCGUGCCUCGCUCCAUCGCCGCCAACAUGACCUUUGCGGAGAUUGUCACGCCUUUCAACAUCGACAGACUUCAGGAGCUGGUGCGCAGGGGGAACAGCCAGUACCCAGGGGCCAAGUACAUCAUCCGCGACAAUGGCGAUCGGAUUGACCUGCGUUUCCACCCCAAGCCCAGUGAUCUUCACUUGCAGACCGGCUACAAGGUGGAGCGGCACAUGUGCGACGGAGACAUUGUCAUCUUCAACCGGCAGCCGACUUUGCACAAAAUGUCCAUGAUGGGGCAUCGGGUCCGCAUCCUCCCCUGGUCUACUUUUCGUUUAAAUCUGAGUGUGACGACGCCGUACAACGCUGACUUUGACGGGGAUGAGAUGAACUUGCACCUUCCACAGUCCCUGGAGACCCGGGCAGAGAUCCAGGAGCUUGCUAUGGUGCCACGUAUGAUUGUCACCCCCCAGAGCAAUCGCCCCGUCAUGGGCAUCGUGCAGGACACGCUCACGGCCGUGCGCAAAUUCACAAAGAGAGACGUCUUCCUGGAGCGGGGGGAGGUGAUGAACCUGCUCAUGUUCCUGUCCACAUGGGACGGGAAGGUGCCGCAGCCGGCCGUCCUGAAGCCGCGGCCCCUCUGGACGGGCAAGCAGAUCUUCUCCCUCAUCGUCCCGGGCCACAUCAACUGCAUCCGCACGCACAGCACCCAUCCCGACGACGAGGACAGCGGUCCCUACAAACACAUCUCCCCCGGGGACACCAAGGUGGUGGUGGAGAACGGGGAGCUGAUCAUGGGCAUCCUGUGUAAGAAGUCUCUCGGCACGUCGGCCGGCUCGCUGGUCCACAUCUCUUACCUGGAGAUGGGCCACGACGUCACACGGCUCUUCUAUUCCAACAUUCAGACCGUCAUUAACAACUGGCUUCUCAUCGAGGGUCAUACCAUUGGCAUUGGGGACUCCAUCGCUGACUCUAAGACCUACCAGGACAUUCAGAACACUAUUAAGAAGGCCAAGCAGGAUGUGAUAGAGGUCAUCGAGAAGGCUCAUAACAAUGAGCUGGAGCCCACCCCAGGGAACACUCUGCGGCAGACCUUUGAGAACCAGGUGAACCGCAUUCUCAACGAUGCCCGAGACAAGACUGGCUCUUCCGCCCAGAAGUCCCUGUCUGAGUACAACAACUUUAAGUCCAUGGUCGUGUCUGGGGCCAAAGGUUCCAAGAUCAACAUCUCCCAGGUCAUUGCUGUCGUGGGGCAGCAGAACGUGGAGGGCAAGCGGAUCCCGUUUGGAUUCAAGCACCGGACUCUGCCUCACUUCAUCAAGGAUGACUACGGGCCCGAGAGCAGAGGCUUUGUAGAGAACUCCUACCUGGCCGGCCUCACGCCCACCGAGUUCUUCUUCCAUGCUAUGGGGGGUCGCGAGGGACUUAUCGACACGGCCGUCAAGACUGCUGAGACUGGGUACAUCCAGCGGCGGCUCAUCAAGUCUAUGGAGUCGGUGAUGGUGAAGUACGACGCCACCGUGCGCAACUCCAUCAACCAGGUGGUACAGCUGCGCUAUGGCGAGGAUGGCCUGGCCGGCGAGAGCGUCGAGUUCCAGAACCUGGCUACCCUGAAGCCAUCCAACAAGGCUUUUGAGAAGAAGUUCCGUUUCGACUACACCAACGAGAGGGCCCUGCGGCGCACUCUGCAGGAGGACCUGGUGAAGGAUGUCCUGAGCAACGCGCACAUUCAGAACGAGCUGGAGCGGGAAUUCGAGCGGAUGCGUGAGGACCGGGAGGUGCUCAGGGUCAUCUUCCCAACUGGCGACAGCAAGGUGGUCCUCCCCUGUAACCUGCUGCGCAUGAUCUGGAAUGCUCAGAAGAUCUUCCACAUCAACCCCCGCCUGCCCUCCGACCUGCACCCCAUCAAGGUCGUAGAGGGAGUCAAGGAAUUGAGCAAGAAGCUGGUGAUCGUGAACGGGGACGACCCCCUGAGCCGGCAGGCGCAGGAGAACGCCACGCUUCUCUUCAACAUCCACUUGCGGUCCACGCUGUGCUCGCGCCGCAUGGCCGAGGAGUUCCGGCUCAGCGGGGAGGCCUUCGACUGGCUGCUCGGGGAGAUCGAGUCCAAGUUCAACCAAGCCAUCGCCCAUCCUGGGGAGAUGGUGGGUGCCCUGGCUGCACAGUCCCUCGGAGAACCGGCCACCCAGAUGACCUUGAACACCUUUCACUAUGCUGGUGUGUCUGCCAAGAACGUGACUCUGGGUGUGCCCCGCCUCAAGGAGCUCAUCAACAUCUCCAAGAAGCCGAAGACACCUUCGCUCACCGUCUUCCUGCUGGGCCAGUCUGCUCGAGAUGCUGAGAGAGCCAAGGACAUUCUGUGUCGUCUGGAGCACACGACAUUGAGGAAGGUGACCGCCAACACAGCCAUCUACUACGACCCCAACCCCCAGAGCACGGUGGUCGCAGAGGAUCAGGAGUGGGUGAACGUCUACUAUGAGAUGCCGGACUUCGACGUGGCCCGCAUCUCCCCGUGGCUUUUGCGGGUGGAGCUGGACCGGAAGCACAUGACUGACCGAAAGCUGACCAUGGAGCAGAUUGCCGAGAAGAUCAAUGCCGGUUUCGGCGAUGACUUGAACUGCAUUUUCAACGACGAUAACGCCGAGAAGCUGGUGCUCCGAAUCCGCAUCAUGAACAGCGACGAAAACAAGAUGCAAGAGGAAGAAGAGGUGGUGGACAAGAUGGACGACGAUGUUUUCCUGCGCUGCAUCGAGUCCAACAUGCUGACCGAUAUGACCCUGCAGGGCAUCGAGCAGAUCAGCAAGGUGUAUAUGCACCUGCCGCAGACGGACAACAAGAAGAAGAUCAUUAUCACGGAGGAUGGGGAGUUCAAGGCCCUGCAGGAGUGGAUCCUGGAGACGGACGGUGUGAGCCUGAUGCGGGUGCUGAGUGAGAAGGACGUAGACCCUGUGCGCACCACGUCCAACGACAUCGUGGAGAUCUUCACGGUGCUGGGCAUCGAAGCGGUGCGGAAGGCUCUGGAGCGGGAGCUGUACCACGUCAUCUCCUUUGACGGUUCCUAUGUCAAUUACCGCCACUUGGCUCUUCUGUGUGACACCAUGACCUGUCGCGGCCAUUUGAUGGCCAUCACCCGACAUGGGGUCAACCGCCAGGAUACGGGCCCUCUCAUGAAGUGCUCUUUUGAGGAAACGGUGGACGUGCUGAUGGAGGCAGCCGCUCACGGAGAGAGCGACCCCAUGAAAGGGGUGUCUGAGAACAUCAUGCUGGGCCAGCUCGCCCCGGCCGGCACCGGGUGCUUCGACCUUCUGCUCGAUGCGGAGAAGUGCAAGUACGGCAUGGAGAUCCCCACCAACAUCCCCGGCUUGGGGGCCGCUGGACCCACUGGCAUGUUCUUCGGCUCGGCGCCCAGUCCCAUGGGAGGAAUCUCUCCGGCCAUGACUCCCUGGAACCAGGGCGCAACUCCAGCCUAUGGCGCCUGGUCCCCCAGUGUUGGGAGUGGAAUGACCCCAGGGGCAGCCGGCUUCUCUCCCAGCGCUGCCUCAGACGCCAGCGGCUUCAGCCCCGGGUACUCCCCUGCCUGGUCUCCCACACCAGGCUCCCCGGGCUCCCCUGGCCCCUCGAGCCCGUACAUCCCCUCACCAGGUGGUGCCAUGUCUCCCAGCUACUCCCCAACAUCGCCUGCCUAUGAGCCUCGCUCCCCUGGGGGCUAUACGCCUCAGAGCCCCUCUUACUCCCCCACGUCGCCCUCCUACUCCCCCACCUCUCCAUCCUACUCUCCAACUAGUCCUAAUUACAGUCCCACGUCACCCAGCUACUCCCCAACUUCUCCCAGCUACUCCCCGACCUCGCCUAGCUACUCUCCCACCUCUCCCAGCUACUCUCCAACCUCUCCCAGCUACUCCCCAACCUCUCCCAGCUACUCUCCGACCUCUCCCAGCUACUCCCCGACCUCUCCCAGCUACUCGCCCACCUCUCCCAGCUACUCCCCAACCUCUCCCAGCUACUCACCCACUUCUCCCAGUUACUCGCCCACGUCCCCGAGCUACUCGCCCACGUCCCCGAGCUACUCUCCCACGUCCCCGAGCUAUUCCCCGACGUCCCCGAGCUACUCGCCAACCAGCCCUAACUAUUCUCCAACCAGUCCUAAUUACACCCCGACAUCACCCAGCUAUAGCCCGACAUCACCCAGUUACUCCCCGACAAGUCCCAACUACACACCCACGAGCCCUAACUACAGCCCAACCUCUCCAAGUUACUCUCCAACUUCACCCAGCUACUCCCCAACCUCGCCAAGCUACUCCCCGUCAAGCCCACGGUACACACCACAGUCUCCUACCUACACCCCGAGCUCCCCCAGCUACAGCCCCAGCUCCCCGAGCUACAGCCCAACGUCGCCGAAGUACACCCCCACCAGUCCCUCCUACAGCCCCAGCUCCCCAGAGUACACCCCAACCUCCCCCAAAUAUUCGCCUACCAGCCCAAAAUACUCGCCCACCUCCCCCAAGUACUCACCCACCAGCCCCACCUACUCGCCCACCACCCCAAAGUACUCCCCAACAUCCCCUACUUACUCGCCAACCUCUCCGGUGUAUACCCCGACCUCCCCCAAGUACUCGCCUACUAGCCCCACCUACUCGCCCACCUCCCCCAAGUACUCGCCCACCAGCCCCACCUACUCGCCCACCUCCCCCAAAGGCUCUACCUACUCACCCACUUCCCCUGGCUACUCGCCCACCAGUCCCACCUACAGCCUCACCAGUCCGGCCAUCAGCCCGGACGACAGUGAUGAGGAGAACUGAGGGUGCGCGGGGCGCAGGGCAGCCCGGGUGGUGCCCUCGUGGGGCACAGGCCCCCAGCCCACCUCCCGUGUACAUAGCUCCUGUGACAAAGUUCCUCGUUGAAGUUCUGGUCCCGUUUCCGCUGGGGCUUCUUGUCUUGUUCUCCAUUGUGCUGUCUCAGAACCCACUCACCCUGCUGUGGUGGUCUCCUUCCUACCCCACCCGCCCCAGGCCUGUCCCCAAAUCGAGGCUCCCUCCUUGCCUGUGGCUUGACUGGGGGUAAAGGGUGUUUUAACUUCUUAGGGCGGUUCCUGCCUUGGGUCGUUAUAUCUGAUCCUCGGGAAGAACGAAGCUAAAGCUGCCUUUUGUCUGUUGUUUUAUUUUUUGAAGUUUAAAUAAAGUUUACUAAUUUUGGCCAAAA